GUCUCCAAGCCUGGGCAUGGAAGGAUUGGCUGUCAGACUCAUUAAUAAUGGCGGUGAAAGAAGUACUUGCUGCUCGGUAGUUAUAUCCUUGUCGUUGCUCAGUGCCAAUGCUGUUGCUGUUACACAAGAUUCGCUGUGAAGGGGCAUCUAUUGUUCACAUGCGUACGAAAUAUUUGAGUGUACAUUGAAUCAUCGACACCCAGUGCGCGGUUGGCCGCUGUAAUGGGAAACAAGGUGGAAUGUAAGCAGGAGGAAACGCAAAAUCAGUCCAGAAUUGCAGUUUAUGUCGCAAGUCAACAUCCUGCUGCGGAUGUUUUCAUCAGAGGAAAUGAGUGGCAACAACAAGUGGGCAACUGCAGUCGAAAAAGGACAGAACCAGAUGCCAGUGGCAUCAACUUAGAAUGAUGGUCGUUUGCCCCUGACCACAAAAAUCCCAGGUGCUUCAACUACUAGGGAACAUUCCCGGCUCGAAAAGGCCAAACAGGCCCAUGAGCUCUCCAAAGGCAUCGCGUGUAAGUUUUGACACCAAAAUUGGCAGAUGGUUCGCAAGUCAGGUCACUGCUCUCCAGCCCUAGAUGCUUCACUUUUCCCAGACAUCUGCAUCUUUGCACCCAUUGGCACCAUUCGUGUUUUUCAUGCGCACUUGAACAUUCGACCAACAAAGCUUUGACCACCAAGUGUUGCCUAACUGGAGCAAUUGAGGUCACCUGCAACCAUCGUGGCAUCUCCAGUGUCCAAAACCUCAAUCGUUCCUUCGUCUCUCUCCUGCUUCUGUCUUGACCAUUAUCUCUGAGAAUGGACUCCAGCCAACCCAAGAGCACAGCCUUCUCAGGCUACGACGUGUCUGGGUCGUCGCCUCCCAACGGCCACCGCGACCAUCGCGACAGCACGUCACCCACUUCUCGCAACGACGCCGACCCAUUGAACACGCGCCCCAACACCUCGGGCUCUGAUCACGACUCCUGGUCCAGCUACCCGUCCCGCCACACGCUGCCCGACAACGCCGCCAUGGCGGCCCCGUUCGAAGUCCCCAAGCUGUGGCGGGAGGCAAUGCAGUGCGUCAGCAUCAACGCGGGCCUGUACCCCAAGCAGAUCCUCCAGAAGUACUACGAGCUGUACCCGGCCCAGGCCGCCGCCCACCCGGGCCACGUCGAACUCGACGUGUGGCGGUCCAAGAGGGCCACCGUCCGCGGCAUCAGGAGCGUGCACAUCCGCUACCUCGACAGGGACCCGGGCAGGAUCUACCUGAUGGUCAUCUUCGUGGACGAGCUGGACCCGAGCACCAGGUCCCCCAUCGUCCGCCUCGUCACCAACACCUCGAUCCACCACGUCCUCGAGGAGCCCUGCGAGAACUGCCCGCUCUGGCUCAAGGUCCACUCCGGCGCCGGGCCGCAUGCCAGCUCGCCCUACCGGAUCAUACCGUGCUGCGACCGGUGGGCCGAGUGUGCCGACUUUGGGGAGCCCAUCUCCGACGAGGAGAAGCAGGUGCCCGCGAUGGUGUCGAAGCUGAUCGAGGAGCUGCAGCGAAAGAGUUUGCUUUUGCACGCCAAGGAGCGAGAGAUUGAGGCCAAGGAUGACCAGCUGCAGCGACUGCGUGAGAUGACAGACAAGGGCGUGGAUCAUGCCCGCGGUGGCGCAGCUCUGACGCAGGUAAUACGGCUAUUUCCCAACUACCAAGUCGACGCCGGUACGUUGGAGCAGUACUGCCUGCCUGCGCUCGUCGUGGGCAUCUUCUUGGUGCUGUGGGCUUUGAAAUGAUGACAAGAAAUGUGACAAUCCUUCGCGUGCCAAACAGUGGCUGAAGGAAGGAGCACAUUGGACAUGACACCAAG